AUUCCACAUGUAACUUCAUAGCAUAUGAGUGGCUUGGAAAGUCUAGUUCUAACCACCUCAGCCACUGAACCCCCUUACCUCUUCUGACUCUGCUGGUUUAUUGAAGGGGGAGCUAUUUUACCCGAACAGAUAGAGAACAAAUUAUUUGGAGGAAAUUUUUGAAAGUUGUUAAGUAGGAUACAAAUACAAGAUUGAUGCUCUGCAUGUUACUUUUCUGCCUCCUAUUUUUGAUUUUAUGUUAGUCCAAAAUAGGCAUCAAGGAAAACAGAGAAACAGCAUAAAUGUUAGGAUACUGACACUCUGAUUUUUUUUAAAAAAGUCAUUUUGUCUAUAGGUUUAAAAACAGUUUUACUUUCAUGAUUGUGAAAUGAGGUAGCAUUGUUAUUAUCAUGGAAAAGUUUAAUUACAUUCCAGGACAUCACACUGGUUCCUCUUAAUUGCUAAGAGCAGAAAUAUGAAAGCCAGAAAAAGGUACCUAAAUUUCCAUUGAGAUGGAUUUUUUCCUCCUCUCUGCUUUGUAACGUAAAUGUGUCUCUGUGUAUGUGUAUUUAAAUUCACUCACUCCAUCCAUCUCCCUGGCUUUGAAGAGAAGGAUCACCUGACUGCCACCUAGACCUGUUCCCUCCCCAUCCCCCUCAACCCCACCUAAUGGAGAAAAUUCCCAAAGUAAGAGAUCAGAAUGAAUAUAGCAUAGAUGCUCGUGCUGAGAAAUGUAAAUGACCCUGACUGAACAGGAACUGAGUUAGGUUGCUCGUGGGGGUGGGGAAAGAGAAACGGAGAGAAAGAGAGAGACAGGGGGAGUGCUGCUUGCUUCAUCUUUGAGAGGAGGGAAAACAAAAGACCUCAGCUGCAGUUUUGUGUUGCUGUGUCUGGCUUAAACAGAAAAUUCUAGACAUCCGUGCUGAAAAAUCAAAGCCCAGCUGAGAAUACUUCUAUCGGGAAAUUGAUUAUUGCAAUUAUUUUUGAUCUGAGAAUGGGUUGGAUCAGUACAGGUGGUUUGAGAAGACAUACUGGCUGAGGACCAUGGAAAGGUACCACAAGACCACAUAAGGAGGGUGAGGUUCCCGGUGUGGAUUAUAUUUUCAUUACUGUUGAAGACUUUAUGGAACUAGAGAAAAGUGGCGCUCUCCUAGAAAGUGGAACAUAUGAAGAUAAUUACUACGGUACCCCAAAGCCUCCUGCAGAACCAGCUCCCUUAUUGUUAAAUGUAACAGACCAGAUACUUCCAGGAGCCACACCAAGUGCUGAAGGAAAACGUAAGAGGAAUAAAUCAGUGAGCAACAUGGAGAAAGGAGGAAUUGAGCCUCCUGAGGAGGAGGAGGAAGAACAACCUGUGGUCAAUGGAAAUGGGGUAGUAGUAACUCCAGAAUCAAGUGAGCAUGAAGACAAAAGUACAGGUACCUCAGGUGAGAUGCCCUCUCAGCCUUACCCUGCACCAGUGUACAGUCAGCCUGAGGAACCAAAGGAGGAUAUGGAUAUAGUGAAGCAGACUAAGCCUGAAGAGAAUGAUGAAUUGGGCCCAUUGCCUGAUAAUUGGGAGAUGGCCUACACAGAAAAGGGGGAAGUCUACUUUAUUGACCAUAACACAAAGACAACAUCAUGGCUGGAUCCACGACUUGCGAAAAAGGCUAAACCUCCAGAAGAGUGCAAAGAAAAUGAGCUUCCAUAUGGCUGGGAGAAAAUUGAUGAUCCCAUAUAUGGCACUUAUUAUGUUGACCACAUAAAUAGAAGAACACAAUUUGAAAACCCCGUCCUGGAAGCCAAACGAAAACUACAACAACAUAACAUGCCCAACACAGAACUUGGAACAAAGCCUUUGCAGGCCCCAGGUUUCCGAGUAGACAGCUCUUCAUCGACAUUACCUAGGCCUAAAUAUGUUCACCCACGCCCUGCACUUGAGCGGUCUCGCAGCGUGAAUGACUUGUCUUACUAUCGGCGCGACAAUGCUGGAAAGUACAGUCUGUAUGAAAAGCCGCUUUUCACCCGGGAUGCAUCACAACUGAAGGGCACUUUCUUAAGCACAAUCUUGAAAAAGAGCAACAUGGGCUUUGGAUUUACCAUCAUUGGGGGAGAUGAACCUGAUGAAUUUCUUCAGGUGAAAAGUGUAAUUCCUGAUGGACCUGCUGCUCAAGAUGGGAAAAUGGAGACAGGUGAUGUCAUUGUCUAUAUUAAUGAAGUUUGUGUCCUUGGACAUACUCAUGCAGAUGUAGUCAAACUUUUCCAGUCUGUUCCUAUUGGUCAAAGUGUCAACCUGGUGUUAUGUCGUGGGUAUCCUUUACCCUUUGAUCCCGAAGAUCCUGUUAGCAACAUGGUGCCACCUCUUGCAGUAAUGGAGAGACCCCCUGUAGUGGUCAAUGGAAGACAUAACUAUGAAACUUAUUUGGAAUACAUUUCUAGGACCUCCCAAUCUGUUCCAGAUGUAACAGAUCGACCUCCACAUUCUUUACACUCCAUCCCAGCUGAUGGUCAGCUUGAUGGCUCAUUCCCACCUCCCAUUCAUGAUGAUAAUGUGUCCAUGGCUUCUUCAGGAGCUACACAAGCUGAACUCAUGACCUUAACCAUUGUGAAAGGUGCCCAGGGCUUUGGCUUCACAAUUGCAGACAGUCCUACAGGACAAAGGGUGAAGCAAAUACUAGACAUUCAGGGAUGCCCUGGCUUAUGUGAAGGUGACCUCAUCAUUGAGAUCAACCAACAGAAUGUACAGAACUUGAGCCAUACAGAAGUCGUGGAUAUACUGAAGGAGUGUCCCAUUGGAAGUGAGACUUCUUUGAUUAUCCAUAGAGGAGGUUUCUUUUCUCCUUGGAAAACUCCAAAGCCUAUAAUGGAACGAUGGGAGAAUCAAGGCAGCCCUCAAACGAGUUUAUCUGCUCCAGCUAUACCACAGAAUCUCCCCUUUCCAACCUCCCUUCACAGGAGUUCAUUUCCUGACUCAACAGAGGCCUUUGAUCCGAGGAAGCCUGACCCAUAUGAGCUAUACGAGAAAUCCAGAGCAAUUUAUGAAAGUAGGCAACAAGUGCCACCAAGGACCGGUUUUCGAAUGGAUUCCUCUGGUCCAGAUUAUAAAGAGUUGGAUGUUCACCUUCGGAGGAUGGAGUCUGGAUUUGGUUUCAGAAUCCUUGGGGGAGAUGAACCUGGACAACCCAUUUUGAUUGGAGCAGUCAUUGCCAUGGGCUCAGCAGACAGAGAUGGCCGUUUGCACCCUGGCGAUGAGCUGGUCUACGUGGAUGGCAUUCCUGUGGCUGGAAAGACACACCGAUAUGUUAUUGACCUCAUGCAUAAUGCAGCCAGAAAUGGGCAGGUGAACUUAACUAUAAGAAGAAAGGUGAUGUCUGUAGGAGAGCCCUGUCCAGAAAAUGGGAGGAGUCCAGGUUCUGUGUCCACCCACCACAGCUCACCGAGAAGUGACUAUGCUGCCUACACCAACAGCAAUCAUGCUGCUCCCAGCACUAAUGCUUCUCCACCUGAAGGGUUUGCAUCACACAGCCUACAAACCAGCGAUGUGGUCAUACAUCGUAAAGAGAAUGAAGGAUUUGGCUUUGUCAUCAUUAGUUCCCUGAACAGACCAGAGUCUGGUUCCACAAUAACUGUGCCACAUAAAAUUGGUCGCAUUAUUGAUGGAAGUCCAGCUGAUCGCUGUGCAAAACUAAAAGUUGGAGACCGGAUAUUAGCUGUGAAUGGCCAAUCUAUCAUCAACAUGCCUCAUGCAGAUAUUGUCAAGCUCAUUAAAGAUGCAGGUCUUAGCGUAACUCUUCGAAUCAUUCCCCAGGAGGAGCUGAACAGCCCAGCAUCUGCCCCCAGCUCUGAGAAACAGAGUCCCAUGGCCCAGCAGCACAGCCCCACAGCUCAGCAGAGUCCACUGGCCCAGCCAAGUCCUGUGGCCCCUAACAGCCCUGUCACUCAGCCACCUCCUCCCCAACCCCUCCAGCUUCAAGGACAUGAGAACAGUUAUAGGUCAGAAGUAAAAGCAAGGCAAGAUGUGAAACCUGACAUCCGACAACCCCCAUUUACAGACUACAGGCAGCCAGCCACAGACUACAGACAGCCCCCACUGGACUACAGGCACCCUCCAGGAGUGGAUUAUCAGCAGCCACCACCCUUGGAUUAUAGGCAACCACCUCUGUUAGACUACAGGCAACAUUCUCCAGAUACAAGACAAUAUCCUCUAUCAGAUUAUAGGCAACCCCAGGAUUUUGAUUAUUUUACUGUGGACAUGGAAAAGGGAGCCAAAGGGUUUGGAUUCAGUAUCCGUGGAGGAAGAGAAUACAAAAUGGAUCUGUAUGUGUUGAGGUUAGCAGAAGAUGGGCCAGCAAUAAGGAAUGGAAGAAUGAGAGUAGGAGAUCAGAUCAUUGAAAUCAAUGGGGAAAGCACAAGAGACAUGACGCAUGCCAGAGCAAUAGAGCUGAUCAAGUCUGGAGGAAGAAGAGUGAGACUGCUGCUGAAACGUGGGACAGGACAGGUCCCAGAGUACGACGAACCAAACUCCUGGGGUUCUCCCUCUGCCGCCUCCACAGGUCUGCCGGAAGUAGUGACUUCCCUUGAAGACAUAAUCUCACCAUUAUCUUCAUCGCAUCUAGCCCCACCCUCUGACCCUUCCCACCAGAUAAGCCCAGACCCAACAUGGGAUAUCAAAAGGGAACAUGACGUUAGAAAACCAAAGGAGCUUUCAGCUAACGGCCAGAAGAAGAAAAGAUUAGGGGAACAAAGGGAAAGAUCAGCUAGUCCUAAGAAGGUUGAUAGGUCAAAGCAUGAAGAGACAUCAAACAAAGGAUCGUCUGAGUGCAAAUCCAAGAAAACCGAGGGUGGCAGGCCCCCCUCGGAGAGUAAAGCGAUUGGACAGAUCACUGUCGCGGAAGUGGGAGCAGGGGAGAUGAUGUACGCUGGAACCAAUGAUGAACAACGCGGGAGGUCCAAGGCCGCUGAUUCAAACAGAGGUGGAUCUCUCGGGAGGAAAGAGGAUCUCAGAGCUUUGGGUCCAGCAGAAAAGAAGGCCGCAGCAGCUCCUGAUCACAGCCAGCUCGAAUCACUCGGUGCUACAAAGGCAUACGGUAGCAAUAGCUGCAGCCCGUACUCCAGUGACAUGGACCACAGCCGGCGGGAGCCUGACGGGAAACAUAGCGAGUUCCCAAGGAAGGGACACUUCCAUUCUAGUAGUGUUCGCAACGCCACCACCGCAACUCGGAAGGCGACUGUCUCACCGGGACCUUGGAAAAUCCCUGGUUCUGACAAGUUGCCUAGUGUACUGAAAUCUGACGCUUCAGCCAUGAGCAGAUAAGCGAUGCAGCUGUUGCCCUCCAUUUCACAUUAACACAGAACAUUCUUCUUAGGUUCUGUCUCACAAUGUUUUAAUUUAUUUUCACUGUCACACAUAUAUCCAUGAGACGUCAAGGCCUGGAAGCAUCAAUGCAGAACCAUAUUCCAUGAGGAUAUGCAGAGCAUCCAAUAAAUUUGAGCAGUCUAUAGUCAAUGCAGAGAUUACAAACUGAUCCUCCAGUCCCCCAUUCCAUUUUAGGGACUCGGGCAGCUAUGGAAGAACCAAAAUAUCCUAAAGUACAAUUGGAGAAAGGCAGUGCAGUGUAGCUUUAGUAUUUUUCCCCCGCUGCAUGAAGGAUUUGGGUGUCAUUGCAAACUUUAUAUCAAGAAACUGGACAAGCAAUCACAAACUGGAAUAUCGCCUUAAAAAUCAAACUGCACGGAGCAAGCUGAAACUGAGAAAAAGAUUAUAUCUUUUAACUGAGCUAAAGUGUUGUAAAUAAAUUAUUCUCAAUGCAUCUAAA